AGUUGAGAGAGAGACUCAGACAUUGGGCGAUUCGGCGUAGCAAGAAGAGCAGAGUGAGAAUAGCCAGAGCAAUGGCGUCCUCGCCGCCGCCGCCGCCGCCGCCGCCACACCCCCUCCCCACGCAGAUCCCCCUUACCCCAAAGCCCGAACCCGACGCCCCCCAGUCCCCCAGCCCCGUCCCGUCCAGCGCCCUCAACCCCAAGCUCGAACCCAUGGCUCUUACCGCCGAGCUCUGCGAUCUUUAUCGCCGGGACCUCGAGCCCUCCCCCGACGGCCACCUCCACUUCACACAGCAACAGAUCGACGCCGUCCCCGCCGACCGCCGCCUCGUUGUCUCCAAUCCGCAACCCGAGCCCAACCCACAAGGUUCCAUUCCCCAUGACACAUCCGUCUCCGCCUCUUCGUCGACCGGCAAGAAACGCGGCCGCGGCGGCGCCCGCGCCGGCGAGAUGGUGCGCGUCAGUGCCGUCACGCCUCAAGACAACAUCCACUUCCGCUCCCUCGUCCGCGGCGCGCGCCUCACCUUCGAGGCGCUCCGCGGGAUCUACCAGCGCGAGGAGUCGUACGACGGCGGCCCCCGCAACCGCUUCGACCUGCGCGCUUCCAGCAAGAUGCUCUCCCGGGGCCUCUGGCUCUACCGAGACGUGCGCAUCGUCGGGCCCAUCCCCGGCGUCCUCGUCGGCGACGCCUUCCACUACCGUGCCGAGCUCUGCGUCGUCGGCCUCCACUGCACCCCGCAGGCCGGCAUAGGCUACAUCCCCGCCAGCCUCGUCAGCGAGGGCCACCCUGUCGCCACCAGCAUCGUCUCCUCCGGCGGGUACCUCGACGACGAGGACAACGGCCAGGUCCUCGUAUACAGCGGCAGCGGCGGCCGGCAGCGCAACCGCGUCGAGCACCACGCCGACCAGACGCUGGAGCGCGGCAACCUGGCGCUUCACUACAGCUGCCACUACGGCGUGGAGGUGCGCGUCAUCCGCUGCCACGCCUGCGAGUCCAGCCCCAGCCGAAAGGUGUACGUGUACGACGGCCUCUACAAGGCCGUCAGCUCCACCUACGAGCCGGGCAAAUCCGGCCGCCAUGUCUGCAAGUUCACGCUGGUGCGCAUCCCUGGCCAGGAGGAGCUCGGCAGCAGCAACUGGUGCCUGGCCAAGGACAUCAAGGACAAGCUGCUGGCCAACCAGGCCCUCCCGCCCGGCUACAUCUCGCCGGACAUGUCCAACGGCAGGGAGGUGCUCCGCGUCCCCGUCUUCAACGGCGUGGACCAGGAGAGCUCCCUCCUCGACUUCGACUACAUUGCCCGGCCUGAAUUUCCAUUGCCGCUGGUGAAGCAGCAGCACUGGGGCUGCCAUUGCGUGGCCUCGCCGUGCGGGCCCGAGUGCGGCUGCGUGAGCAAGAACGGCGGCGGCAGCCCGGUGUACAAUGAGGACGGCACCCUUGUCAGGGGAAGGCCGGUGGUGUACGAGUGUGGCGCGCUCUGCGGCUGCCCCAUGAGCUGCGUGAACCGGGCGACCCAGCGCGGGAUGAAGCACACGCUGGAGGUGUUCCGGUCCAUGGAGACGGAGUGGGGCGUCAGGACGCUCGACCUCAUACAGCCGGGCGCCUUUGUGUGCGAGUACAGCGGAGAUGUCGUGGUCACCACCGGCGAGUGCGGGUUCGCCAUGGACGAGGGCUCCGUCAUCGAUCCAAAGAGGUUCCCCAAGAGAUGGAGCGAGUGGGGGGAUGCCUCUGCUGCGCUUGGAGAUGAGGAUGACAAGUUACCCCGCCCCCAGUUCCCCUAUUUCCAAGAGCCGGGUUAUGUGCUCGAUGUGUCCCGCAGGAGGAACUUGGCCAGCUACAUCAGCCAUAGCUGCACUCCCAAUGUGUUUGUCCAGUAUGUCGUCCGUGGCGGUGAGAACGAAUCAUGCCCUCACCUCAUGGUGUUUGCCAUGGAUGCCAUCCCGCCUAUGCGCGAGCUGAGCAUUGACUACGGCAUGGAUGAUCAGCAAAUCUGUGCAUAAUGAGACGGUCCAGCGACGACAAGUUCGACUCGAUGGACUGAAGGUGCGCUGUUUGUGAAACUUGGAGACCAGUGGAAGGAUUUUUUUGGUAGCUAGUGUUGGUUAGCAGAUAUAUAUACUGCUUUUCACUUUUGCUGAAGGUUGAACCACCUUUCCCCUGAAUUGUGAAAGUGCAACAGAGGGGAGCCCCCUAGCUAGUUGUUGACAAUGACAUUAGUGCCUGUAGGCUGUAGGUUUUCACUUGCUAGCUGUUGACUGUUAUUGUACUGAUAUGGUUGGUACAAUCUUAAGCAGGUUUAUGUCAGCCAAGUGAUCUUUUGCCGUGUCACUGCCUUUAUUAUUUACAAUGCGCAAAAGCUCAAAAUCAUAGUCGCAGAGACACCACAAGUGAACCUAUUUGCUGUCGAAUUGUUUGUAAGAUGCUAAGAUGACGAUUAAGAGCAUGCAUGGGAGUGUAUGUUUUCUCAAGCUUGAUCGUCGGGCUGGAUGUACUGACCAGGAGCCAUCCUGUAGUUAAGUUGAAGAAGAAGAAUACUGUGUGUGAAGGUCCUCUGGGCCGGGUGUAGUAUCUGUACUAGUCAGUCCAUGUAGUACAUGUUUGAGUCAUGAGCUGACAGCGAUCUCAAAUAGGGUGGUUGGUUGGUUACUUGACAUUUGUGAUGUAGAUGUUCACUUGCUAGCAGUCCUUUUUUAAGUGCUGUUUGCGUUUGUAGCUUGGGUUACUUGCAGAAAGUGCUGUUAGUUGAUCUUUUAGCCCAGUGAUGAUCUUUUGCCUCGUCUGUGGCUUUUGUCAUUUACAGUGCGCAAAAGCUUGAAACCAUAGUGGCAGACACGCUGCAAGUGAACCAACCUGUUUGCUGUUGAGUUGUUUGUAAGAUGAUGGUCAAGAAGAGCUCAAGUUACUAGCCGUUCCAUGUAGUAGUACAUGUUUGUAGUGAGUCAUGGGCUGACUGCAAUCUCAAAAGGGGUGGUUGGUUGGGGACGUGUCUGUUCUGAUCCAGAGCUCAUAUAAACAGUAAAAUGGAAAAAAUGAUCCUUUUUCUCAAAAAUUUAGAAUGUUUUUUUGUGGACAAAUGUUUUGAUGGUUUGCAAAAGUUUCAUCACCAAUUCACCAUAU